AUGCUGGGAAAAAAGGAUGAGUUGGAGGACUGGGUUGUAUCCCACAAUCCCCAUAUUUUUGCAGUCACUAAGACCUGGCCGACACCAAAUGCCCGGGACUCCGAAAUAUCACCCCACGGAUACACAGUGUUUCGAACGGAUCGAUCAUUGUCACGUCGCGGUGGUGGAGUUAUUCAUUUUGUCCGCUCGAGUCUCCCUGUUCGAGUGAUGGAAAACUACGCCCAUUCAGAAGGAUUUGAAGAAGCCCUGUGGUGCAGAAUCAAGCUUUGUGCCGGAAAGUAUAUCACUGUUGGAGUGAUCUACGGCACACCGGCUGUUCGCGUCCCGGAGCUGUUGGACAGCAUACAGAGGUACGCCUGA